AUUCCAUAUAGCUGGACUAUACUUCAUUUUGAUUCGCUGGCCACCAAUAUAUAAAAAAUCCAGAGACACUUAACCCAAAUCCUUUUUCUUCUCUUAAUGGGAAACGAGUUCUCAAAGGAAGCGCAACACACAGCAGAAGAAGAUUUCAACCUUGAACAGCAAGCACCGAUUGUUAUGGCUGAAUCCAAUUCCCCAACACCUUCCGCGUCAGACGAUCCACCAGCACAAGGUCGUGUGCCCGUUGUGGUCCCAGCAAGCCCUACUUUAAAAGCUCGCAAAAAACCAAUGCCGUGGGAAUCCGACUCAGGAACAGACGGCAGUGGCGAUUCGUCCAUGGAACGCUUGAUCAAAUGGAUUUCAAGAGACGACCACUACAAAAAAUGGCGCACUGGUGUAGGACCGUCGGGUGAAGCUAUCACCAAAAAGGCUUUGUCUGAAAAUUUUCUCAGUGAAUUGGUUAAAGCUGGAAUCGAUCACCGUAAAACUGCAGAUAUCCACACAAAAAUCUAUGAAUUGGAACGCAAUUUCGAAUCCGCGCGCGGAUGGAUCGUAACAAACAAACCAGAUCAAGAAGACAGCGCUUUACACGAUCAUGAAACACGAGCGGCAGUUGUUUCAUUAUGCAAAUACUAUUACCGGAUCGAACCUGUUUUUGGAGAUUAUUUUGGAUUUUCAAAGGAUUUACGUCGAUCGCAAACGCCAAAGAAAAAGGCUAUUAAUGCUACUAGUUUCAAGUCGACUCGACCGACAUCAGCAUUAACACCAGCACUACCAGCGUCAGCAUCAACCGCACCAGCACCAUCAACAACAGCGCUGGCGAGUUUGCAGGCGAUGCCGUCGCAAGCAAACAGUAACGUGGAUUUGGUCAGAUUCGCUUCGCAACUUGAAACUGUUUUGAAACAACAUCGACAACAGUCGAUUCCAGCGACUUCAUCCACUUCGUCUACUUUUACUUCUGCUCCGCAAGCCGAUCCAUCAACACAACACUCCCCGCUUACUCUAAGCGACAGCACUGGUACAUCGACAACACCAAGACUGACCACUAUAUCAUCACAACCACUGUUAUCUUCAUCAUCACCAACAGCAGCAGCCCAAGCGUCCAAUGCCACUUCCCCAAUUGGUAUGCAUACAGGCUCGUUGUCAUAUCAUCAACCUAAUGACGCAGAAUUGGUGUACCAUUCAAUCGCGAGCAAAGAGCGAGUAGCACUGGAACGGUUACGAUUGAAGGAGAGAAAACAUAAAGAUACGAUGGAGAUGAAAAAACGAAAAUUGGAUUUGCAAGAGUAUCAAACAAGCAAAGAAAUUGAGAUCAAAAAGCGAAAGGCGACGGCAGAAAUACUGGGUGCUCACGCACAAUUGAUAUCAGAGCUACGAUCGUUGGGAUUGGCGAACUCAGAUAUCAUUGACUACAUGAAAAAGGCUGAGAAUGCCUAAUUUAUGUCAAGCCUCGAUAAACAACAACCUCUAGUAUCUUCUUGUACUUACUGCACACCUCAUUGAAAUCACGCUCUUUGCUAUUUACUCUCCGUACUCUUUUUUUAAGUAGAGUUUUUACGCCUUUCUAGCUCUCAUUCUACAACUACUUCUUGCAUAUCCAUUUUCCUCCACCGCCUGUUAGAACAUAAAAUAAGCAUCCAUUCAUAAACAACAACCCGAUUAUUACACUUCAAGACCACUUCAAGACCACAUGGAUGUAACAAAUUGGUUAUUAUAAAGAACAGUUGCACC